GCGUCAGCGCACUUGAGCCCAGGCUGGCUGUGGCAUCGAGGGUACCGGGUAGAAGGCCCCCUUAGAGAUGGGGUGGAGCUCGUGGGCAGAUCGUUUGCCCAGCAUGCAUGGAGUCUAGGUUUCAAACCCAGCACCCAAAAAAACGUUGGAGGACGAGGCUGGGCUACACAGAAGGCACAAGUGGAAGGAAUCCUAGGGGACGCGUUCCGCUGCCUUCGGGACGCAGCCUCAGCCCCUGAGCGCAAGCGUCCUGUUCCUGCCUUCCACCGACCGAGCGGGAAACUGAGGCAGUGAAAGGGUAGCGGGGGCGGGGCCUUAUCGGGCGCGCAGGGAACACGCUGGCCCUGGGGCCGCCGGGGGCGACCUUUGCGCAGGGCGGAUCCCUGGCAGCCCCAGUGGGACGCGCUGUCCCGAGGAGCAAGCGCACCGCCGCUGCCAUGGAGCUCCCGCCGCUGGCCGGCAAGACCGCGGCGCUGUCGCUCAGCGCGCUCCCGCUGUCCUACGCGCUCAACCACGUCUCGGCGCUCUCACAGCCCCUGUGGGUGGCACUGCUGAGCGGCUUCAUCCUGGGCCUGCUGCUCGUGUCUGUACGCAGCCUCUCCCGCGGCGAGAUCUCCCAUGACCCGCUCUAUGCCGUCUUCACGGUCUUCGCCUUCACCUCAGUAGUGGACCUCAUUAUCGCCCUGCAGGAGGACGGCUACGUGGAAGGCUUCAUGGAGUUCUACACGAGGGAGGGCGAGCCGUACCUGCGCACAGCACACGGGAUCUUCAUCUGCUACUGGGAUGGCACUGUGCACUACCUGCUCUACCUGGCUAUGGCCGGUGCCAUCCGUCAGAGGAAGCAGUAUCGGAACCUCGGGCUGUACUGGCUGGGCUCCUUCGCCAUGAGCACCCUGGUGUUUCUCCCGGGAAACAUCCUUGGCAAAUACAGCUCCGAGAUCAGGCCCACCUUCUUCUUGGCCAUCCCCUAUAUGCUGGUCCCAUGCUGGGCCAGCCUUCGCAUCUUCAGCCAGCCCCGGGCACGAUCCUACAGUCCCUCCAAUGUGGUGCAGGAGGAGCAGAGAAAGGGGAUCCUGCAGCGUCCUCUUGAUCUGGCUCUCCUUCUCUACCUCAUCCUGGCUGCAUUCUUCACCCUCUUCCGGGGCCUGGUAGUACUUGACUGCCCCACAGACACCUGCUUUGUGUACAUCUACCAGUAUGAGCCAUACUUGCGGGACCCUGUGGCCUACCCAAAGGUGCAGAUGCUGAUGCAGCUGUUCUACGUCCUGCCUUUCUAUGGCCUGGCUACCUAUGCCCUCUUGUUCCCGGGAUGCUCCUGGCUGCCCGACUGGACCCUGGUGUUUGCCGGAGCCAUUGGCCAGGCGCAAUUCUCGCACAUGGGCGCGUCCUCGCACCUGCGCACGCCCUUCACCUACCGCGUGCCGGAUGAUGCGUGGACCUACGUCUUCCUCUCCAACCUGCUCUACGCCAUCGGCCCGCACCUGCUGGCCGCCCGCUGCUGGCUGUGGCCUGCCUUCUUCCUGCAACUGCCACCUGCUCCCUCCGCUCCCAAGAAGCACCAGUGAGGGCUGCACCCAGGAUCCCGUUUGCAGGCAGGCGCAGCCGGCUCUGUGCCCGAAGCAGGCUGGCACUUUUAGUGGCAGGACUAAUGUCUCCAGGGGUCUUCUGCUUGUGGCGGCUUAAGCCCAGUGGGUAGAAGGGACACCUACAGACAGGGGUCCUUGGAAAGACAGCCUCAUUGAAGUUGGGUUUGGGAGCACACACCUGUCAUCCCAGCACUCAGGAGGCUGAGGCAUGAGGAUUUUGAUGAGUUCAA